CAUAUCCUGGUGAAAAAGAGCAUCAACAAACUCUUCAUCUUCUCUAUCUUCAAGGCCUCCAAAUCCUUCAAACCCCCUCUACACCUCCACCAAAAUGGUCCGCAUCACCGCACUUCUCACCGUGGCCUUCGCCGCUGUCGCUCUUGCCACCACCAACGACCAGUGCCAGAACAAGUUCGACGUCUGCCGCAGCUCUGGUGACCCCAACAUGUCUGCCUGCGCUGCUGAGCACGCCCAGUGCUGCUCCGACGCCUUCGACACCUGCCGCAGCAGCGGUGACCCCAACGAGGCCGAGUGCGCCGCCCAGAACGCUGCUUGCAAGGGCCAGAAAUAAGCCUUCGAAGCCCAAUACCGUGAUUCCAAUCGGAAUUUCCACUUAGCUUCGACCAUGAGGCCUGCAUACCGGUUCAGCCUCGUACCCUGGAAUAUGUCAUAUUUGGGUGUCGGAAAGGAGUAGGAGGACAUAUGGACAAUCCUACGGGAAUUUUGAUUUAAGUUUCAUGUCAAAUAAAUUGCCUUUGAGGCGGAAUUUUGUACAAAAUUCGUAAUUUAUCACUCAGAUUCAAGUACAAGGUAUAACCAUAGACGUUA